AUGACCCCAUCAAAAGCGGAACCCGCACCAGGGUCGUCCGGCCCAAAACUCGCAAUAAAAGGGUUUUCCCUAUCCGCGAAAUCAAGCGCAAAACCCAAACCGCCACCCUCAAGUUCUCUAGGCAAGCGCCCGCGGUCGACGUUCCAAGACCACUACAACGAUGAUAGUGGAAGUGAUUUGGAGGGCGAUUCCGGCCGUGGCAGACACGAGGUCGUAACUGGCUUCGCGGAGGGCGGUGCGAUUUCUCGGAGGGAUGAACAAAGGAAGGAGCCUGUGGAUUUGGUGAUUCCUAAGAUUGCGAAUAGGGAUUGGAGGGGGGAGAUCAAGGCUAAGAAGGGGAAGAAGAAUUUAUUGCCGCCAGAAGUACAGAGGCAAAUGGAGGAUGAUGCUAGGAGGAGGAAUGGUGGAGAGGGAGUGAAGACCGAGGGCGUGGAUGUUGUUAAUUCUAAGGACGGCGAGAUCAAGUGGGGUCUUACUGUGAGGAAACGGGAAGUUAAGGUUGAGGCAAACGAAGAGGUUCCUCGAUCCGCUGAGGAGGCUGCUGAGAGACCUGGGGAGGUUGCGAAAACGGAUCAAGCUGCCGAAGCAACGGAGGAGAAGCCGAAAACUGCGGAUGAAGAAGCCCUCGCUGCAUUAUUAGGAAAUAGGGACGAGAAGAAGGGCCCCGAUCUCGUUAUUCCAGUCGCCACCUCCACCGUAGAGGAGCCACUCUCAGAAGCAGACGCAUACCGACGCGCCAUCGCCGCCGCGCCCGAUGCCUCCACCCUCGAAGACUAUGAACGCGUGCCUGUGGAGGAAUUCGGGGCUGCACUGUUACGCGGCAUGGGCUGGAAGGGCGAGAAGAAGGGACAAGUGAGGGAUGUUAAGCGGAGACAGAAUUUACUUGGGCUUGGAGCUAAGGAGUUGAAAGAUGCGGAGGAAUUAGGAGCCUGGGUGCAGAAAAGCGAUACUAAGAGGCUUAAGGAGAGGAGGGGCGGUGGUGCUGAGAGGGAGAGGCGGCCGAAGGUUUCGGAGUAUAAGAGCGAGAAGGAGAGGAGGGAUGAAAGGAGGGAGGAGAGGGGUGGUGGGGGGUAUAGAGGGGAGAGGGAGCGAGAGCGAGAGCGGGAUUAUAGAGAGAGGGAUAGGAGGAGGUAG